AUGCUCUUCAAGUCUUCCUCUUCAGAUAUCCGAUCAAUCUCCUCAUUAACUCCAUUACCAAACAGACCGUUUCUAACUGUGUCGGAUGGUGGAAAGCUCACAUGUAAUUUUGAUGAUGAAAUGGAAUACUGUAGUUGGCACAAUGCAGAGAACACAGAUAUGAAAUUUUGGAAAGGGAAGUUAGAUUCUGAAAGCAGAUUUGACCCUAGCAGAUUCAACUCUGGUAGUUCAUUGAGUUUCUCUCCAGACAACAACUUUCUACUAGCUGGAGGUGAACCAAUGGUUGCAUCCCAAACUGCUGCAAUCGAAAUGGAAAUUCCAUGUCAAUACGGAGAUGCAGAUGUUAAGUUGGAUUUCUGGACAAAUAAUCUUAAUGUAGACGUUAGAUACUGUAUCGCCAAAUCAGGGAGUGAUUUUCAUGAUUGUCAUCUCCUCCAACGCGUCUCUAAUCCUUUGAACUUUUCCGUUCCAACAACAGCAGAUGGUCUGAAAGUUCGCAUUGAAGUCUUGAAUAUUGAUCCAGAUUCUAUAGCACUUGUCGAUAAUCUUCACUACAAUGGACAGAUUUGUGAAUUGAUUGAUGAAGUAGUGGAGAAUUCAUUGGUUCCAAUUGGUGAUACAACUUCCUCCACUCCGCCCCUUAUAACUGGAAAUCCACCUUUGCCUACUGAUCCAACCGUUCAAAAAUUUUUCGAAGAGGAUAGUAAUGGAAUAGAAGAAUCAGAAACCCCAUCUUCAAUUGGAAUUCAAGCGGUUACAAGCACGGCCGUUUCAACUGCAGUUUCUUCUCAAGUGAACGUUAAAGAACUCUCUUUUUGUUCAGCAUUGACUUGUUCCUUCAACGAUGGAGAUUCAUGUUUUUAUGGAUUGAGUGGAGUUGGAAGCACAGAAGCUUGGAGUCUCAGUGAUCGUCUCAUUGGAAAUCGGCAUACCGGAAUACAGAGAGUAAAUCUGGACGACCAAUCCAAAGUUGGGUUUGCAUAUGUUGGAAAUGAUACAGUAUCUCAGGAGCAAAAAAUUUUUGUGGCUGAGUCACCAAAGUUUUCUUUGAUCCAAGACACACUUCUGCUAUUCGAUAUCUACAUUCGGUCAGUCAGUCCGACACUCAGGGUCUGUAUUGACCUUUUCGACAACUGCCCGUAUAAGUCGCCUAUGGUACGGAAAGACAAAUUUUGGCGCGGACGACAAAAAGUGGCUCUGAAAGAAGGAUCUAGAAAGCUGAAAAUGUUCAAUCAAAGCCCUUAUGAGUCACAUGUCGAUAUUGCCGUUUCUGCUGCUUCUGCUAAUCUUCGAAACAUGUCUAACGAGCAACUGAUGGCGCUGCUGGACGACGAAGCGCUUUUGGAGUCAAUCAUUGUCAAUCUUCCUCAGGUUCGAUCAAUCCCGACUGAUAAAGAGAGUGCACUAGCUGCCAACAAGUCAUUAGCAGAGUGGAAUUUGGCUCAAAAACCAAGAAUAGAUGCAGCCAAAUCUCAAACUAUCAACCUUUACGAACAAGUCAAGAGGCUCCAGGGAGAAGUUACAGUACUCAAAAACCAAUUAGAUUCGAUUUCCUCAUCUAAAUCUCUGGAUACAACAUCCAGCUUAAUGCAAGUGGCAGCUCAGGAAGCUGACGAAGAUGCAGAAUCUCUCUUCACGCAGUUCGAAAAUGGAGACGUUACGAUUGACAUCUUUUUGAAACACUUCAAGGAAAAGAAAACAGUCGCUCAUCUCAGGAAAAUAAAGUCUGAUCGCCUCACCGCUCUUCUACGAGAACAAACGUAUUCGUAUGCUCAACCAACAGUACCUCCACCAAUGCCACAGCCAGGAUAUCCAACUGGAAAUCAUAUGCCAGGAUUGGGAAAGAUACCCUUCGGAUCAGGAUACACAGGAUACCCAAAUGUCUCUCAACCCUCUGCCGGGCGCCAUCCAUUCUUCUAA